CCUCCUCGGAGCGCACGCACUCAGUGAGCAGAGUGGAUGCUGAGCGCGCGCACUGACCGCUGAUUGGACGCACAGACUCCCUGACUGCACCCCCCCACUCUCUCUCUCACACACACACACACACACACACACACACGGACUACCGGAGCCCCCCAACCACGGAGCCAUGCUCGCCGCCUGUCUGGAGUUCCUCGGUUUGGCGCUGUGCGUCACGGGCUCGCUGCUGGUGAUGGUCGCGUGCGGGCUGCCCACGUGGAAGGUGACCGCGUUCAUCGACUCCAACAUCGUGGUGGCGCAGACCAUCUGGGACGGCCUGUGGAUGUCCUGCGUGGUGCAGAGCACGGGCCAGAUGCAGUGCAAGGUCCACGACUCGGUUCUGGCUCUGUCGGGGGACCUGCAGACUGCGCGCGCACUCACGGUGAUCUCCGCCGUGCUCGGGGUGGUCGCGCUCACGGUGACGGUGGCCGGGGCGCAGUGCACCAACUGCAUCAAGGAUGAGGCGGUGAAGGCGAGGGUGGUGAACGCCGGGGGGGUGAUCUACAUCGUCAGCGGGCUCUUCGUGCUGGUCCCGCUCUGCUGGAUGGCCAACAACAUCAUAGUGGACUUCCACGACCCGCAGGUUCCGUCGGCCAAGAAGCGGGAGAUCGGGGCGGCGAUCUACAUCGGCUGGGCCGCCACCGCGCUGCUGCUGCUCGGGGGGACCCUGCUGUGCUGCUCCUUGUCACAGGGGGCCCGAGGAAACUACCCCAUCAAAUACGUCCCCACCAAGAGCAUCACAGCCAACGGGGAGUUCGACAAGAAGCUUUAUGUGUAAACUGAGACUCUGAUGAGGGACUGAGGUCCGGAUGAUCCGGGUGGGGAGGAUGCUGCUGGAGCUCCGACUCACUGUGGGUUCACUGUGGGCUCACUGUGGGUUUAAUGUGGACUCACUUUGGGCUCACUUUGGGCUCAAUGUGGGUUCAAUGUGGGCUCAAUGUGGGUUUAAUGUGGACUCACUUUGGGCUCAAUGUGGACUCACUUUGGGCUCACUUUGGGCUCACUGUGGGUUUAAUGUGGACUCACUGUGGACUCACUUUGGGUUUAAUGUGGACUCACUUUGGGUUCAAUGUGGGUUUAAUGUGGACUCACUUUGGACUCACUGGGUUCAAUGUUGGCUCACUGUGGGUUUAAUGUGGGCUCACUGUGGGUUCACUGUGGGUUUAAUGUGGACUCACUGUGGACUCACUUUGGGCUCAAUGUGGACUCACUGUGGGUUCAAUG